GUCUCCUCUUCCAUCUCUCCUUCUUUUCCUUCCUGAGCCGAACCCCCUCGAUCUCGCGGCCGAGCGACCCAGCCCCCCUGGCUUGUCUUCCUCCUCCGGCGAGCCUCGCCAUCCCUCCCUCCAUCUCGCCGCCGAGCGCCCGCCCAGCCCCCUCGUGCGAGCGCCGCCACCGCCGGUCGGUCUCCCCAUCGAUUCUCUCGCUCCUGACCGUUUCUCCUCCGACCACCCCACGAACCGAUCGAUCCCGCCCUUUAGCUCCCCGUCCCAUCUCCUCAAUCUUCCACCCCCAAUUCGUGACGGAGGCGAAAAAUUAAGAUAGGGCGGCGCCGCCCUACCUUGCCCUACUGGCCGGGUCCGUCCUCCCCCCGCCCGUGGCAGCAUCCCAUGCCUUGAUGAUCCGCGCGGCGCAGAGGCUUGCAACCGUGCGGGCGAAAUGUACGCCGUGGGGAAGGUGCUGUACACCGUCGCCGGCCCGUUCCACCCGUUCGGCGGCGCCGUCGACAUAGUCGUCGUGCAGCAGCAGGACGGCAGCUUCAAGAGCUCGCCGUGGUACGUGCGGUUCGGCAAGUUCCAGGGGGUUCUCAAGACGAGGGAGAAGGUGGUCAACAUCGCCGUCAAUGGCGUCGAGGCCGGGUUCCACAUGUUCCUGGAUAGCAACGGUGAGGCCCACUUCCUCAGGGACGCGGACUCGAACGUCGAGCAAGGGGACUUUGUUGUGUCCCCUUUGUCUUCAGGGGAUGAACGGGAGGUGCAGCCGAUGCAGGAUGCCCAGUUCAGGAAGUCGAAGAGCACUUGUGAUGUCUCGACCAUGGAAGCCAAUGCUGGGGAUGGGAAGGUGCCUGAGAAGACAAUAUCAAGGAGGGGCACCAUACUUGAGCGGAUGUUUGGACGGAAAUCGAUUACGGACAAUGACCAUGCCGUGGACAGGGUGGGCUCUUUGGAGCGUGCAGAGAUUGCUGCUGAACUCCUUGAUACAAAGUGGUCGACAAAUCUCCCGCGUGGUUCAGAAGCUCAUAAGUCUGCUCAUCAACCUUCUAGUAGUCAUCUGAUGAAUGCUGGCAAUGGUAAUCCAGUGGAAACCUCUAAAACGUCAUUGCCAGACUGUAGCUUUGACAAAGGCAAAGUGAAUUGCGACAAUGUGGACAGCACUGCUGGUAGUCCACAUGGUGGAAGGAGUUCAGGAGAGGAAAGCAAGCACUGUGUACAAACCACUAGUGUCAAGGUGGAGGAGGUUGCAAUUUACGCGCAAAAGACUGGUGAUUUGACUGAUGGGAUCAUCUCAACCAUAGACUGCCCGACAUCAGAAUCUAUGUCAAAAGAUCUGGAGACAGAUAAAAGUAUCAGUGAGUCUUUUAGUACUCAAGGUGAGUUGCAAGGUAAUUUUGAACAUGUCUCGGUAAGGGAAAUACAUACGAAGGAGACUCUUUCCCAUGGCAUUUUUGAAAUCCAUGCUAUUGAGAUGGACGUCACCGAUGGUAAGAGUGAGGUGGUUUCACAGUUUGUCACUGUUGAUUCCUAUGGAGUUGACCAAAAUUUUGCUCAAACAAAAUCACCAACUUAUAACACCAAAUAUUUAUCAAGUGAAAGGCAUGAUGGUCCAUUGAUUGCCUCUGGCCAAGAUGCUUGCCAAGAGAAAGCGGUCAUUAUCAAUAGCACUGAGACUGUGGAGAGCUCAUAUGAUGUGUCCAAUAUUUUGGUUGACAGAGAUUGUGAUGCUGAAGGUAUCUCAUUGGCUGAUGGUCUACAAGUUGAAGAGCCUUCCAGAGUCUCUAGUGAAAACAUAGACCAGGUAGAUGCUGAGGAAAGACCACAGUUAUAUCUUGGUGGUUCCAACAAAGGCAUACAUAACUUGGAUGUUCGAGAAGUUUCUGUUGUUGAGGUUGAGGAUUCUAGUUCUCGAAUCUCCCAAGGUAAUCUUCCAGAUAAGGAUAUUUCUGUCAACACUCUUGUCGAUGAUCAUGUAAUGUGCUCAGCCCAUGGUCCAGACAUUGAUAUUUCUGUGGACACUGUUGCAAAUGAUCACAGUAUCAACUCAGACCAUGGAUUUCCUGGUGCUUCUUCCAGUGAAAAUGAUGUGGAUGAUGUAGCAAAGAAUUCCACUGUGGAAACUAAAACAUGCAAUGGGGAAUAUCAUGUUUCUUUUAUUCAGACAUCAAGGAUGGAAAAUGUGAGCAGCAUUUGCUUUGCUCAAACAGCUAGUUUUCCUAAUAAAGUAGAAGGUAGCGUUUCCAGUUUGUGUGAAGCUGAAACCGAGAACACGAAACUUGAAUAUGAUGAGAACAUAUCUAGUUCUGCAACUGAAGUUGAAAUUGGGUUUGUACCUGAGGAGCCAAGGGACGAAGCUGAAGCAGGAAUGUCAUUAUCUGAGUUUGUAGAAGAAACAACUGAUUGUCCUAAUAAAUUAGAAGAUGAAGUAUCCCCGAUCAUUUCUGAUUUUUCCACUUUGAGCGAAGCUGAAGCCAAAAACACCAAACUUGUAUACUAUGAGAACAUGUCUAGUUCUGCAGGUGAAGUUGAAAUUGGGCUUUUGCCUGAGGAGCCAAAGGAGGAAGCUGAAGUGGUCAUGUUAUUUUCUGAGUAUGUAGAAGAAACAACUGAUUGUCCUAAUAGAUUAGAAGACGAAGUUUCCCCAAUUAUUUCUGAUUUGUCCAGAUCGAGCAAAGUGGAAGCCAAAAACACGAAACUUGAAUAUGAUGAGAACAUAUCUAGUUCUGCAACUGAAGUUGAAAUUGGGCUUGUAACUGAGGAGCCAAGGGAAGAAGCUGAAGCAGUAAUGUCAUUAUCUGAGUAUGUAGAAGAAACAACUGAUUUUCCUAAUAGAUUAAAAGAUGAAGUAUCCCCAAUUAUUUCUGAUUUUUCCAAAUUGAGCAAAGUUGAAGCCGAAAACACCAAACUUGAAUAUGAUGAGAACAUAUCUAGUUCUGCAACUGAAGUUGAAAUUGGACUUGUGCCUGAGGAGCCAAGGGACAAAGCUGAAGCAGGAAUGCCCUUAUCUGAGUUUGUAGAAGAAACAGCUGGUUGUCCUUAUAUAUUAGAAGAUGAAGUAUCCCCAAUUAUUUCUGAUUUUUUCGGAUUGAGCAAAGUUGAAGCCGAAAACACCAAACUUGAAUAUGAUGAGAACUUAUCUAGUUCUGCAACUGAAGUUGAAAUUGGGCUUGUGACUGAGGAGCCAAUGGACAAAGCUGAAGCAGGAAUGUCAUUACCUGAGUUUGUAGAAGAAACUGCUGGUUGUCCUAAUAUAUUAGAAGAUGAAGUUUCCCCAAUUAUUUCUGAUUUUUCCAGUUUGAGCAAACAUGAAGCAGAAAACACCAAACUUGAAGCCGAAAACACCAAACUUGAAUAUGAUGAGAACAUAUCUAGUUCUGCAGGUGAAGUUGAAGUUGGGCUUGUGCCUGAGGAGCCAAGGGACGAAGCUGAAGCAGUAAUGUCACUGUCUAAGUAUGUAGAAGAAACAACUGAUCUUCCUAAUAGAUUAGAAGAUGAAGUUUCUCCAAUUAUUUCUGAUUUUUCCAGAUUGAGCAAACUUGAAGCUGAAGACACCAAACUUGAAUUUGAUGUAACUGAAGUUGAAACUGGGCUUGUUUCUGAGGAGACUAGGGACGAAGCUGAAGCAGUAAUGUCGUCAUGUGAGUUUGUAGAAAAAACAGCUGACUGUCCUAAUAGAUUAGAAGAUGAAGUUUCCCUGAUCAUUUCCGAUAUUUCCAGUUUGAGCAAAGUCGAAGUUGAAAACACCAAACUUGAAUUUGCGAACAUAUCAAGUUCGGCAAGUGAAGUUGAAAUUGGACUUCUGCCUGAGGAGCCAAGGGACGGAGCAGAAGCAGUAAUGUCAUUAUCUGAGUUUGUAGAAAAAACAACUGAUUGUCCUAAUAGAUUAGAAUAUGAAGUUUCACCAAUUAUUUCUGAUUUUUCCAGUUUGAGCAAAGUUGAAACAAAAAACACCACAAUGGAAAAUGGUGAGAACAGACCUGUGACUGAGGAAAUAAGGGACGAAGCAGAAGCAGUUGUGUCAUCCAGCGAGUUUAUAGACGAAAUCCAGUUUCAAUUUAGUGACACUUUAAGUUUUGCUGAUAAAAAGACUCUGGAUGAUCUGAUAGGUAAUAAAGCAGCAGGUGCAGGCGUACAUGAUGAAUCUGCAAGUGACGCAGAUGAACAGGGAGGAGAUGAAAUUGAUCCUCAAAAUAAACCGGAAGACCUUUCUGAUUUGUCAAGGCCUGAGACUACUCUUAUUUCUAUUCCUGGAAGCGAGUUGCAUCUAGCUGAUAAUAAUAUAGAGGCUAAAUCUUUACCAAAUCUCUGCUCUCACUUACAUGAUCUUGAAAGAUCUGAUAGUUUUCAAGUAAGUCGCUCGCUGUCAAAUAGCGAGAAUAAUGGCGUUGACCCAGUCAAGAGUAAUAAUUCUGGCCUUACAGAGCAGGAAUCAGAAGGAACUGGUGAUUCAAAAGAAAAUAGUGCCCCUCCUGGGCUUAUCAACAAUCCAGUGUGUGAUGAUAAGCACUCUGAUGACCUGAAAGUUGAUACAUUCAACCCUUUUGUAGAAUUAUCCCUAUGCAGGCACUUGUUAUCUGAAGGCAUGGGAGCAGAUGCUGCAUGCAAAGCCUUCGAUGCUGGGAAGAUAACCUUAGAGAAGUUCCGUGCCAUGAAGCAGUCACUGAUAAGAAACGACAAGUUAGUUGUCAGGAUUGCUGGCCGUUACUUUCCCUGGGACGUAGCUGCGCCUGUGGUACUGGGCAUGGUUUCUUUUAGCCAGGAACAAGUCUUUGAACACCAAGGUAUGAUAAAGGUGGAGCGAGUUGAGCCAAGCACAACACAAAGUGGCUGGAAAAUCUGGCCAUUUAGUUUCAGAAGAACAAGGACUAUGAACACUAUACAGCCAGUUUCUGAAAGCACUGUGCAGAGUUCCGUAUCCGUUGCUGUUAAAGAAUCGGAUGGAGAAAGAAAUGAACCCAUAACAAAGAUGAUGGAGAGGAAGGUUCGAUCACUCACUCCAACAUCUCAGGAGCUUGCAUCUCUUAAUCUCAGAGAGGGCAGGAACGUGGUAACAUUUACCUUCUCAACUUCUAUGCUUGGGGUACAGCAGGUAGAUGCUCUUAUAUAUUUAUGGAAAUGGAAUACACACAUUGUCAUAUCAGAUGUUGAUGGAACUAUCACCAAGUCUGAUGUUCUUGGCCAGUUCAUGCCAAUGGUUGGCGUUGAUUGGUCUCAAAAUGGAGUUGCUCAUUUAUUUUCUGCAAUAAAGGAAAAUGGAUAUCAGUUGCUUUUUCUAAGUGCACGCUCCAUUUCACAAGCCCACUUGACAAGGCAGUUUCUUUUCAACCUAAAGCAGGAUGGAAAAGCACUUCCUGAUGGCCCUGUUGUGAUAUCGCCUGAUGGCCUCUUUCCAUCUCUUUACAGAGAAGUUAUCAGAAGAGCUCCUCAUGAAUUCAAGAUUUCGUGUCUAGGGGCUAUCAAAGCACUAUUUCCUCCUGACUCGCAUCCUUUCUAUGCUGGAUUCGGGAACAGAGAUACAGAUGAGCUUAGUUACCUCAAGGUCGGGAUUCCGAUAGGAAAGAUCUUCAUAAUAAACCCCAAGGGCGAAGUUGCAGUGAAUCGUCGGGUUGAUACAAAGUCAUACACGUCCUUGCAUGCUCUUGUCAAUCGUAUGUUCCCUCCUAUAUCAUCAACAUCAGAGCAGGAGGAUUACAAUACCUGGAAUUUCUGGAAAAUGCCAGUGCCUGAUAUCUGAGGUAUAACUACAGUUUGCGCAGUCUCAUGAUAGUCUAUGGCACACAGCAAUGGCCAUAAGAAGGCAACCAUGGUGAAGGAUAGUGCACUGAGGCCAUUCACUGGUUGUUGAUGUGUAAAUGCUCCUGAUAUAAACUCUUGCAAGAUCGACGAUGUACAUAGGACUAUAGUAGGGAACCUGCAUAUACCCGUGUGGCGGCAGAAUUUCGAUGUAACUAGCUCCUGUCACCCAAUCUGUUAUAGUCCAUCAGUUCAGAACCGAUAACCUUCAUGUUGCGACGGCAAUGCAGUUGAAAAUCUGGGAAAGAUCUCUCCCUCCAUGAGCUGCAAGUGGAAGUUAUGUUAAUCUGCUUAAUGGAGGGGGCCAAUCUGGGAGAGAGAAAGGGUUGUUGCCCUACAUCCCAUGCCAUUUUUCUAGAGAGUUCUUUUCUUUUUUUUCCUUGCUUGCUGUACCAUUGUAAUUCUGUAGAUGACAGCAAUUCAUAUAAAUAUCAGGUAAGGUUUGUGCCUUUCUUGUUAUGCACAUGGUAAAAAGAAAAAAUGAAAUUUGCCUGGCUGCGGGCUGGAGCACUGCCUAUUCAUUAAGCACACGACGUGCCUAUUCAUUAA